UUUAUUAAAUUUAUUUAUUUUAUAUUAUAUAAAAAAGCUAGUAAUAUAGAGGAGUUAGUAUAUACGUUUUUUAAAGUCGUUAUUAUUAAUUAUAGUAUAUUAAAGGAAAUAGUAUUUAAUAGAGGCUCUCUAUUUAUUUUAAAGUUUUAG